CAAUCCUCCAAUUGUUUGCACUGCAUAGUACAUAGUUACAUUUAUCAAUAACAGUUAAAUAAUGGCUGACCGAUUUAGCAAGAGGCAAGUCACUAGCAAGAGGCAAGUCACAAUACUUAGCAUUGAUGGAGGUGGUAUUAGGGGUGUCAUCCCUCUAGCAGUCCUCCAAUUCCUUGAACGUGAACUUGAGAUUCUGGAAAAUGGCAAUAAACAAAAACAAGAGGGAGAGGCAAGUAACAAGAAGGCGAGGCUUGCAGACUACUUUGAUGUAAUCGCAGGAACAAGUGCAGGAGCACUUAUCACAUCUUUGCUUGCUAUACCAUCACCGCGCACUGCAGAAGAAAUUAUUGAUUUGUUCUAUAAGGAAGGCCCUAAAAUCUUCAGCAAUCCAGGCGAUAUAAUAGAAGAAAAUUCCGAACAAGACACCACACCAACCAGUAUGUUAGGCAAAGCGGCCAACUGGUACUAUAAAAAAACAAAGAAGACUGUAAAGAAGACUGUAAAAGAGCUACGGGCAGGUCGUCUAAAAGUAAUAUAUGACAAUUGGAUGGAACCGAUCAGAGCAAUUCUUAACCCAGUUUACAAUGGGGAACGUCUUAAUGAGGUUGCUGAGAAAGUGUUGGGAAAAGAUACUCUGUUAAAGGACCUAUCAACCAAUAUUGUUAUCCCAACCUAUGAUGUCCAAAAAGAUUCUCCAGUUGUCUUCACUACUCGACUCGCCAAGGAUCAAAAUUGGAAGAUAAAAUUGAAAGAUGUAGUUGUCAGCUCAGCUUCUGCUCCAUAUUAUUUCCCUCCCAAUGAAUUUGAAGUUGACGGCAAACACUAUAAUCUCGUUGAUGGUGGUGUCGUCGCUAACGAUCCUACAAUGUUAGCCAUAAGAGAAGCAAGCAAGUUGUUUCCAGAAGCAGGGGACUACAGUAAUUAUCUAAUACUAUCACUUGGAACCGGAAAGGAAAAGCUUUCAGGUGGUAGGCCUCUUCUAACUGGUGCUGGAAUCUUUGAUUGGUUCUGUGGUUUAGAAUCCAUUAAGAAUCUCAGCCUGAAAAUUCCGCCGUUAGUGGAUAUGUUAUUUAGAGUCUCAGAGGACAUUACAGUUAUGAUGACUUCUUACACCCUCGGAGAACGUAAUCUCCGUAAUUACCUCAGAAUCCAGGAUUACGAAUUGAAGCCAGAGCAUGCUGCGAUUGACAAUGUGAAUCCGAAGAACAUUGAUGAUCUAAAACGUAUUGGUCGUGACCUUAUUUCCAGAUAUGUUGCAAUUCCUAACUCGGAAACUGGCUUGCCUAAAGUAAUAUUUAAAGAAGAUGAAAAGAACCAUUCCCCCAACAAUCUUCCCCCAAAAAAUCAAGAUGAGCUCAAAUGUUUUGCUAAAAGAUUGUACGAUGAAAGGAGACGUCGUAUGCUAUCUAAUUAAGAAGUGUUUGGCCUCAUUAAUAAUUUAGCUUUGGUGGCAAUUAUGGCACUGAUAUGUUUUAUGUUUAUGGUUUGCAUUGGAGUUCGUCGUGUUGGAUUCGUUUGACUCAAAGAAUAAGUGUUGGAUUCAUAUGACUCAAAGAGUCGUGUUGGAUUCAUUUAUCUCUAUAGCUACUAAUGAUGUUGGUUUGGUAUUUUUUUUAUUAUUUUAUUAUCAUAAAUAAAACGAGAGAGAGAGAUGGAUAACCUCUCUAUCAAUUGAAUGUCAAAAAUUCAUCUGUGUAACAAGA